AAACUGACACUGAUAAUGUCUUUCUUUAUGUAUUCCACAGGAAUCUCAAUGACGUUACUGCAGUCAAAGGAUGGCAUUCAUUACUUCACCUUUGAGCACAGUCGUGACUACCAACAAGUGCAGUUCAAGUUCCUGGAUGCGGUCGAGUCCAUGGAUCCUAACAACAUUGUUGCCUUGCUACAGCUUAACCCUUACCACAUUGACUCGUUGCUGCAGCUUUCAGAUGUCUGUCGCAUACAGGAGGAUCAGGAGAUGGCAAGGGACCUGAUUGAAAGGGGCUUGUACUGCUUUGAAUGUGCUUGUCACCCAUUAUUUAGCUUGACAUCAGGUGCCAGCAGACUCGAUUAUCUGAGACCCGAAAACAGGGCUUUUUAUCUUGCUCUGUAUAAGCACAUGAUGUUCCUGGAGAAGCGUGGGUGCCCACGGACGGCUUUGGAGUUCUGCAAAUUCAUCCUUAGUUUGGACCCAGACUCUGACCCACUCUGCAUGCUCCUGCUCAUUGAUUUUCUGAUGCUGCGCUCCAGAGAGUACCAGUCUCUCCUCCAGUUAUAUCAGGACUGGGGGGAGCACAGAAACCUGUCCCAGCUGCCGAACUUUGCGUUCUCCGCCGCACUUUGCCAUUUUCAUCUCAGUCAGGAGGAAGAUUUGGAUCCUGAGGAAAGUGUCAAACAAAGAUGCAAAGCUGACCAGAUGCUGCAGGAAGCCCUCGUCAUGUUCCCUGGAGUCUUGAUGCCUCUACUGGAUCUGUGCACUGUGCAGCCUGAUGCAGCAGUCACCUCACAUGCUUUCUUUGGUCCAAAAUGUCGCAUAGGGCAGCUGCCAGCUCUGGCUGAACUGACAGCUCUGUACGUGGGGAGGACUUACAUCAUGUGGAAGGAGGCAGCAGUAAUGCUUUGGUUGGAAGAGUCGGUGAGAGAAGUGUUGCAUCGAGUUGAUGCCAAAGAUCCUCUGGUGCUGGACUGUCAAAACAGGAGAAGCCAGAGGUACCAGAGUGCACCAAGGAACAUCCAUCGCCAUGUCCUGCUCUCUGAGAUCAAGGAAGCCACCUCAUGUCUGCCUUUAGUAAGAAACUCAACCAAACUACCAAAUGAGACAGCUUCCUCCAGCGACGCCGAGCUCCUGUCACUGCUCCUGGAUGCCGGGCUCUUAGUUGGCUGUGUCUCUUCAGCCCUGUACCCCCUGCUCAGCUCCCACAUGCUGUCCCAUCAGCAGGAAGGAGGCUGGGAUGUGGAGAAAGCCGCCGCUGAGCUGCUGGCGGCAGGCCACGGGCCCGAGGCGGGCUCCCUGCUGCUGGCUUACCGUGGAACACACCAGGCCCAGUUCACCUUCAACUCUGCCUUGGCUGUUCUAAGGAAGUGGCUUUGA